UUUAUUCUUGUGGAUGAUGGUACAAAUGGAAGAUAUGGUGCUGAAAUCAUUCUGCGGGCAAAGCUGGAAAAGUUCAUUUCACAGCAGACAAAAUUAAAAGGAGGAGUUGCAAUCAAGAUACCUAUAGUCUGUGUUGUACUGGAGGGAGGAACAGGCACUCUAGAUACAAUCUAUAAUGCUAUUAGCAACAACACACCAUGUGUCAUUGUGGAAGGAUCAGGACGAGCAGCUGAUUUCAUUGCUCAGGUGGCACAACUUCCCAUUUCAAAAAUUACAGUCUCUCUCAUUCAAGAAAAACUGCCCACUCUUUCUCCUGAUAAAUGUGACACCUUUACAGAGGACAAGAUAGUGGAAUUGACUAAACAGAUACAAGAUAUUAUGAGGCACAGUCAGUUACUUACCAUCUUCCAAGCAGACAAAGAUGAUCAGCAUAACAUUGAUGAUGCCAUUAUUCAAGCUUUGCUUAAAGCCUCUCUAAGACUUGACCAGCAAGGACAUGAAAACUGGGAGCACCAGCUGAAGCUGGCAGUGGCAUGGAACCGAGUUGACAUUGCUAGAAGUGAGAUAUUCACAGAUGAUCAUCAGUGGAAGCCCUCAGAUCUGCACCCAGUCAUGACAACAGCAUUGAUUGACAAUAAGCCUGCCUUUGUAAAGCUUUUCCUGGAACAUGGUGUCCAUCUGGAAGAAUACGCCACUCAAGAAACUAUAUUAAACCUCUACAAUAACACAGAUCCAUCAUGCUUAUUCCAUGGCAAGCUUGCUAAAAUAUUAGAAGAUGAAAAGGUUCGUUAUAAGCUUACAGCGACACCAAAACUCUGUCUUCACCACGUAUCUCAAGUUUUAAGAGAACUCCUGGGUGGCUUCACAAAACAUCUGUAUCCAAAGCCAAAAAGGGCAGAAUCGUCUCGGCUGUCAAUUAUAGUCCCACACAUCAAAAUAAAUGUACAAAAAGACCCAUUUCGUUCCUCUCACAAAAGAUCUCAUGGAAAACCCCCUUGUUCUAUGGAUCCAGUUAGAGAUUUGCUUAUUUGGGCUGUUGUUCAAAACCGAAAAGAACUUGCAAACAUCUUUUGGGCACAGUGCCACGACUGCAUAGCAGCUGCCCUGGGCUGUAGUAAGAUUCUAAAGGAGCUCUCCAAAGAAGAAGAAGACACAGAUCCAUCUGAAGACAUGUUGGCAUUGGCUGAAGACUUU